AUGGGAGAUAUAAUGAGGGCAACUAUGAGCUCAGAAAUAUUUAAAGUAGUUUACUGCAAGGAAGCUUUUUAUCAUGUGAAAAUAGAGGAGAAAGAUAAGCAUAAAACUGCCUUCAAAUUUAAUAAAAAAGUAUACGAAUGGAAUAAUAUGGUGUUGAGUUUUAAAAAUUCGUCACAGAUUUUUCAGAAAACGAUGAACAAGAUAUUUGAAUAUUUACCGGGCCGCGGCGUUAAGCACAUAUGGAUGAUAUUGUGA